GGCGAAAGGUGAAGUGGGUAGUAUGCGGCGUGUUUUCUUUGUGCGCGCAGGUGGUGAAUCAGCGCCUAGGGCCGAAUUGCAGCGGGAGCGCCCGUCCAGCGAGAUUGUUACAGGGCCGUGGUGUGGUGUGGUGCGGUAUGGUGCGGAAUCGUGCUCUUUGUGUGUCGGGGGAUGGGGCGACACUUGUGAGAUUAUCGCGGAGGGGUUUGCGAGUGGUUCGCUGGUCCAGGGUGGGUCGUAGGCAGGACGCGACGGGGAGGGGAGCCUCAGACGGUGAGUGGACAGGGCUAAAGCUGCGACAUUCCACACGAGCGUUGUCGUCUCGUCUUGUCUCGCCGCUGCAGCGAAUUGGGUGGGGACGAGGAGGAUGGCGACGCGGCACGGCUGCGAGUACAGAGGGGCUGCGUCUGUACGUGUGGGUGUGUGUGGGUGUGUCCUUGUAUGUAUGUGUGUGUGUGUGUGUGUAUGUAUGUCGGGCAGGGCAGGGCAGGGCAGGUAGGUAGGCAGGCAGGGCAGGCAGGGCAGGCAGGGCAGGCAGGGCAGGGCAAGAGCGAUGGGCGGGCGGGAAGGAGCAGUUGCAGGUGUUUCAGGGCCCGGAGACGGUCUCGG